AGAAGAUGGCUGAUAAGUGUCACUUGUGUCUGCUGGGACUGAUCUUUCUCUCUUCACUUCUCACAGGUCUCAGUGAAGUGGAUCAUGUGUUCAUCAGUUCUGGUGAAGAUGUCCGUCUGCCCUGUAAUAAUGCCCUUCCUGACUGUAAAUCAACACACUGGAUCUAUAACAGAUUCAGUCGUUCACCAGCAGUUGAACUGAUCACUGGAGGGAGAAAGAAGACAGACACAGAGAGACAUGAGAGACUGAGUCUGGGGUCUGACUGCUCUCUGAACAUCAAGAGCGUCACAAAAGAAGAUUGUGGACUUUACUUCUGCAGACAAUAUGUGAAUGGACAACAACAGGGAACUGAUGCUGGUGUUUAUCUGCAUGUUCUUCAUGUCUCUUCAUCUGAGAUCAGUGCAGGUCGCUCUGUGACUCUCUUCUGUCAGUUGUAUUCAUAUGCUCAAGUCUCUUGUGAUGCUUGGAUCCGUUCUGAGGGAAAUGAUCUGUUCUGGGUGAAUCAGGCUGGUGUUAAACUGACAAACUCAGACUCCAGAUAUCAGAUAUCAGCUCCAGAUCACUGUAUCAUCUCUCUGACUACAACAAUCCUGAAUGAAGAUCACAACAGAGAGUGGAGAUGUAAUAUUACUCACAGAGAUCAAGUCCAGACCUCAGUCUCAUACACUGUCAAGAUCUCAGGUGAGAAAACAAUCUCAUGAUCAGAUGUAGAAGAGU